AUGCCAGAAGAACAAAGUCAAACUAUAAUGGCAGUUGAUGAACUUCAAGCCAUAAUACAAAGAUGCCAAAUUCUAGAAGAAGCUGAUUUCAAAGGAGAAGAUUUUAAUCUGUUUCAGGUAGCAGGUCAGAAAUGUUUAGAAGAUGGGUAUGCAGCUGAGUUAUUAGAAGUGAUUCAAAAUGAUAAAAAUAAGGUUAUCAUCAAGAAUAUGGGUUGGAACCUCCUGUCUCCUCUUGUUAGAUGUAUUUUCAUGUAUAAACAGGAAGAUGAAAAGCGGGAACACUGUCUGAAGAUAUUAGAUCAGUUAGCACAGCUGUGCUAUCCAAAGGAACUUUUUUUGGGUUUACUUGAGGAGAUUGAGCAGACCUCUCAAGAGCAAGUGUGCCAAACUGUCAUGUUACUGCUUCAGCCUUUGCAGACAGUGCUUUUGAAACUUCAGAACAAGAAGGCCUACUCAGUGGGUAUCUCUUUGGCCAUGAUUAUGAAUCAGCUUACCCCCUUACCUGUACCUUAUACAAAACAACAAAUACAAGAAGAUAAACUUGGUCUCUGUCAAUGUUGUAAUGCAAUGGUGGACUUCACUAAACCUUUUGUGAAUGAAGUUGUUAAAAACAUGGAAAAGUCGUCGGAAGACAAUGAAAUGGAGCUGAAAGAAGAAUUACUGAAAUUCUGUAUGAAAAGCCUGAAAUACCCAUUAUUGACAGCUCAGCUUGAGCAACUUGAAGACGUUGAAGAACAUCCCUUUCGGCAUUUUGCAAACGAAAUUGUAGACAUUUUGUGGGCAAUAAGAGAAUUUAUACCAUUAAUGUCUUUACAUCGUAAAGGCAAAAGUCUAAACUGGGAGAAUCAGGAGUUUGCAGACAUAGAGAGAGAGAAUUCUGCAGAUUCUUUGGCAUGUCUGUCAUAUCUGAUGUUUGUUCAGCAUUUUGGUAUUGAUCACUUUCCUGUGGUAUUUAGUCCAUCAUACCUUCUGCAAUGCAAUAUGAUGCAUAUUGAAGUGCUGUUGAAAAGAACAGAAGAAUCUAUGUUAUCUAAAGGACUUGAUUUGUUUGAGAGCUGCUUGUUGAGAAUGGAAGAUAACAGCCUUCUCCAUCAGUAUUUGGAAUUCAGAGAUUUCAUUAACGUACCUCAGGAUUUGGUGAAAGUUAUGACCCUUUGUCCCAUAGAGCAUCUGAGAAAGAAGAGUUUAAAUAUUUUGCAGUUGUUCAUAGACAAGUUUAAUCCAGAGGGAAAAUAUACAUUAUUCAGGUGUUUACUGAAGACAAGCAACCAUGCUGGUGUGGAAGGAUACAUUAUUAAAAAUAUAAAAGAUCAGAUUCACUUAUCACUAACGAAGGGAUGUGACAACAUUUGGUUUACAGGGCAUCACCUGAUCUCCCUUCUAGAUUCAGUGCUUUUGCUUCCAGAAGGUGCUGAGACUGAUCUUCUGCAAAACUCAGAUAGGAUUAUGGCAUCACUAAAUCUACUAAGAUACUUAGUCAUUAAGGAUUGUGAAAGUGAUAAUCAAACUGGUGUAUGGACCACACUUGGCAAGAUUCAGCAAAAUUUUUUAAAACCACUGCAUGUAGGACUCAAUAUGUCAAAAGCUCACUAUGAAGCAGAAAUCAAGAAUAAGAAAGAGAACAGAAAAGAGGCACACAGUUCUAACACAGCUUGUUCUGUAACUGUUGGUGGGGAAAAGAUGCCUCCCAUGACUACCGAAAUGCAGCUUCAGGUUUUACACUCGGCUCUCUUCACAUUUGAUUUAAUAGAAAGUGUUCUAGCUCGAGUAGAAGAAGUCAUUGAAGCGAAAAUAAAAGCUGUAACAGAUGAAAAUAGUUGUGUCAGCUGA